GCGUCGAGCCUUUACUCGCGAGCUGUCACUUCCUGUUCAGUGCUGCUCAUCUUUCAUUCGUGGAAGACUUUAUUUACCAUUCAACGCCUUGAUUAAGAAGUGUUACAUCUGCAGUUACAUAGCUACCCCAGGAAAGACCGGCGCUCAGUCUCCAUGUUGUUUCUCCAUGACUGAGGAGCGGGUUUGCGUUGGAUACAAGUCAUAGGGAAUGCUAACUGGCUGCUGCUAACAGCUGACGAGCUUCUGGUUGUUGAUAUCAUGAAGGAAACGACAGGGACUGAAAGUAUGUAUGACGUCUGAGCGCCCCCCACCUCCGAGAUGUUCCCCUCCUCGAGGAAGGACUUCAUCUCUCUGACCCUGUCCGACUCCUACAACAAUGGGAAGCACCGCCGACAGUCUUGUUGGAGGAAGUGGAAACAGUUGUCUCGCCUCCAGCGGAGUUUGAUCUUCUUCCUGCUGGCUCUGAUGCUCAUCCUUGGUCUGCUGUCCUACCCCAGCCUCAACCAGGAUUGGCCCGUACCGUCAGACAGGGAGGAAUGGCUGGAGGCGGGGGAGCGGGAGCCAGAGGCCGAGCCCCCGGGGGUGAGGCCCGUUGCGGACCCAGCCAUCAGGAAUGUCCCUGGCUUCAACAAGGGUCCAGAGGUGGGCCCUCCUGCAGUCCUCCCAGGACUUCUACCGCAGGUCGUCGAAAGACCACAGGGGCCCCAAGGUCCUGUCCCCAAGAAAGCUCCUGUUAAGCUAUCCAUCGGUUGGCAGAAGCGUCCGCUAGUGAGCAGGCGUGGACCGCCGGGCUUUCAGCGCUGGAACAACGCUUCUGAUUGGCCACUGAGGAGGGAUCAGCUGGAGCAGCUGGCCGACCGGGCCGAUGAAGAGGAGGAGCAGGAGAAGGAGAACAAGAUCGUCAGCUGGCGGGGGGCCAUGAUCGAGGCGGACCAGGGGACGGAGCCCCUCCCCUCGGCUGGAGAGAGACAAGAGGGAGGGGCUGCCCUGGCAGGAAGUGAUGUCGCUGCUGCUGUUCCCGCCCCCGGCAUCGCAGUGUCCCCGGCGGCCGUUCAGGAGGUGGUGGACCGCCCGGAGGCCGUGCGUCAGGCCUUCCGCCACGCCUGGCUGGGCUAUAAGAGCUACGCCUGGGGCCACGACGAGCUGAAGCCCGUCUCCAAGACCUUCGCCGAGUGGUUCGGCCUGGGCCUCACCCUGGUGGACGCCCUGGACACCAUGUGGAUCCUGGGCCUGAAGGAGGAGUUCUCGGAGGCCCGUGGCUGGGUGGAGAAGGACCUGUCCUUCUCCAGGAACGUGGACGUGAACCUGUUCGAGAGCACCAUCCGGGUCCUCGGCGGGCUGCUGAGCACCUACCACCUGACCUCCGACCAGCUGUUCCUGGAGAAAGCUAUCGACAUCGGGUCCAGGCUGAUGCCGGCCUUCAACACCCCCUCUAAGAUCCCCUACUCGGACGUCAACAUCGGGAAGGGCACGGCCCACCCGCCCCGCUGGACCACCGACAGCACGGUGGCCGAGGUGACCAGCAUCCAGCUGGAGUUCAGAGAGCUCAGCCGCCUCACCGGGGACCCCCAGUACCAGAACGCGGUCAACGAGGUGACCAGGCUGGUGCACAACCUGGCGGGCAAGAAGGACGGCCUGGUGCCCAUGUUCAUCAACACCAACACGGGACACUUCUCCCACAAGGGGGUGUUCACGCUGGGGGCGCGCACCGACAGCUACUACGAGUACCUGCUCAAACAGUGGAUCCAGGGCGGCAAGACCGAGGACAGCCUGCUGGAGGACUACCUGCAUGCUCUGGAGGGGGUGAGGAAGCACCUGCUUCGACAGUCUGGCCCCAGCCAGCUCACCUUCGUAGGAGAACUGUCCCACAACCGCUUCAACCCCAAGAUGGACCACCUGGUGUGCUUCCUCCCGGGCACCUUGGCCCUGGGAGCCCACCACGGGCUCCCAGGGGACCACAUGGACCUGGCCCAGCAGCUGAUGGAGACGUGCCACCAGAUGUACGUCCAGAUGGAGACCGGCCUGAGCCCCGAGAUCGCCCAGUUCAACCUCCCCCCCGCCACCGACGGCCGCGACAUCCACGUCAAGACUCCAGACAGGCACAAUCUGCUGAGACCAGAGACGGUGGAGAGCUUAUUCUACCUCUACCGCUUCACCAAGGACCCCAAGUACCAGGACUGGGGCUGGGACAUCCUUCAGAGCUUCAACAAGCACACCAAGGUGGCGACUGGUGGCUACACCUCCAUCAACAACGUCCGCGACCCCGUGAACCCAGGUCCCCGGGACAAGAUGGAGAGCUUCUUCCUGGGGGAGACCCUGAAGUAUCUCUACCUGCUCUUCUCCAACGACACAGAGCUCCUCAGCCUGGACAAGUUUGUGUUCAACACCGAGGCCCACCCACUCCCUAUCUGGCCCUCGCCACCCAAGUAACCCCCCCCCCCCCCCCCCCAUCCCCCGACAGAGGCACUACCUAGGGGAGGUCAGGAACACAAAACUCUUCAAAGUAAAAGUCCCCUCACUUGGAAAAUGGAUCAGGGGUGGAGGAGUAACAUGUUAAAGCAGGGAAACUAUGUUUGUCUCAGAAUGAAAGGCUCUUAUUUUGAAGGAUUUAUUUCUCCCAACAGAAGGGAAUUCAUGAUGGAGCUGGUCUCUUUAGCCAAAAUUGGGUUGUUGUCUUUUUGGGGAGCUGCAUUCAUUUAUUUAUUGUUUGCAUUUGAAUGUUUAAGUUGUCAUUUUGCCAAGAAACAAGCUCAUAAAGAAUGGCGAGUGCCUAUCACGAGUGGCCAGAGCCCAAAGUUAUGUGAAAACAUUGAAUUCGUUUUUUCUGACAAGCAGCAAGGGAAAUGUAUUAUUUUAAACCAAUUGAAGCAACUAAAUUGUAUAAUUUAUGAAGAUACUAGCAGAAUUUUCAUUUUUUCUGAUUCGACUUACUGUUUUGGACAUCAGUUUGAUUGCCCACGCUGACUUACUUGUUGGGCAGCUGCUGACAGAAAGCAGUGUUGCCAUGGAAACCCUGUUCUGAUGCAAUGAACAGAGACUUUAGGUGGGAAAUGUUUUCGGUAGAAAAAGUAACUUGUCUUUCACUGGAAAUGCUUUGCAAUACAAACUCUUCUCUCCUGAACCCUCAGGACUGGAUUAGCAUAGCAUCCUCAUUAGCUUUGAUGAUUCGAGUAAGACUGACUGAAAACGUAAUGUGUGCGCCACAGAUAACAGUUGCACGUAUAUAAAGAGCAAUGUCUGAGCAUUUAUUAGCCAUGGGUUCCCGACUAAAAGAGCAAAGUGCCUGAUCAGACAGAGAGCGCUGAAUCCGCGGUGAAGAACAGAUAAAACCUAGCGGUGAGGGGUUGAUCUGCAGCCAAACGGAGCCAGGUUCAACGCUCUGUCACCAACCUAUGAAUGAAAUCACUUGAAGUCAAUUUGCAUCAAAGAGUAAAUCACGUCUUGCAUAGUAAAUGGUUUUUACUUGAUUUAAAUCAAGUGUAACAACAUGGAUUUCAUCAUGGAGACUGGAAAGGGGAACCAAGCCAAACGUGACAAAGCCUUUUUUACAAUUGUAAUUUUCUGUUGUCGUCAAGUGUUUUUUGUUAUGUGUUUUUCAAUGCAAUGUGGCUUUAAUCCAUUGUCUGACAUUCUGGAAUAUGUUUAUUCAUUUUAUGGUGUGACUAUUUCCGAGGAGAAAUGCUUGAGACAUUGCAAUGACUUGGUAAUUUAAUAAAAAGUAACUAAUAUAAUA